CCAUCCGUCUCAACUCUUCGUGGUUUUAUGUAGACUUCGUCUUUAUCUUUCGAAUAAUUUAUUCUCAGAGAUGAUUAAUACAUGUUAGUAGCCAAAUGAAAUCAUUAUUACCCAAUUCAUUCUAUACAUUUCACCAUUUUAUCGUUAAAACUCAUUGGUUUAUUCAAAUAUAAUAACCCAACGUUACCUGUAUGAUUUUCAACUAUUUUCAAGGGUCAAGUUUUCUUUGAGGUAGAGGCUGUUGUGCCAACCUACAAUGAUAAAAUCAUUGUCUGCUGCUCGUAGAUCUACCUACUCUUACUUACCAGAUGACCGACCAAUAACAGCUAUUACAAUAGUCGAGAACAUCUGUAAGUGUCCACCAGGUUUUUAUCCUGUUAGUAGAACAUUUGAUCAAGAUCAAGACGCAGAUUUGAAGGAGAGUUCUAUCUUCAAGAGCUCACAGUCAAGAUAUUUAUGUUUGUCAAAAACUGAAGGAUUACCAAAUUUUGUUAUUAACGAUCUUCAAGUGUCAAAUGAGAAAGAUUUUCCCCCAAUAGGUUACAGUUUAUUGAAUAGGACAACUGAUACUGAACAUAAAGCUUGGAGGAAAAAGCAGUUAACUUAUCGUUUGGUGAAUUUGAAGAAUUGCAAAGUUGCUAUUACUGAUAUAAUAGUUUGUAGUCGUUUGAAGAAAGCUCCUGAAGGUUUUGAUUUUGCAGGUGAAAUAAACGGUGUGACAAUUUGCUACAAGAUGGGUAAUGUGCAGGAUUCUGAAGCUCCUCAAGCUAGCCAACCUCAGACUGCUCCUAUUAGACCUCCUCGCCCAGCACCUCCACCGCCAAUAGCUAACCCCACUUAUCCUAAUCUUCAAGAUGAUGAUCAUGAUUAUGAAAUUUUACUGCCAUCAUAUCCUAGACCCAAUCAACCUGCUCCAAAUCCUUUGCCUACAUCACAAAAUAACACUAAUACCUUGAACAUUUCUAAUUCAUACAGCGCUAUGGAAGGAGUGCCAUUCAUCAUUAAUCCAAACUUUUUAACUAGCGCUAAUGCAACUAAGGUUACUUUACCAACCAUUAAAGCGAAGUCAAUGCAACAAAUUCUGAAAGAGUACAGUUAUUCUUUUGCCGUGGAGAGACAGACUUAAAUCUGGAUCAAUUAAAAACGAAAUGCCUUGAAAAAUGGACUGAUAAGAGACCUAAUUGAAGUUUAAUGAUCGUGUUAUAAUUGUUAGAGUAUAGUUACGUUUAGGUUAUGUUCCACUCAACUGAAGAGGAAUAUAGGACAAAACAGUGAGUUCGAAAAGUGAAUUAAUGUAAAGGAAGAGUAGGUUCAGAUUUCAAAUUAUAAGUAAUGGUUUUUUACUAAUGAGAAUCUCCAACAUUUGUAUUAGGAAUUCCUUAGAAAUCUGCGCCACUUUGUGUUCACAACGAGUUACUUAUAUUAGUUCAUUUUCCCUCAUCUGUUCUAAUCAAAAUUUUAUCGAGGACUGUUUCAUAUUUAUUGAUAUAAUUUUUGUAUCCCAUAAUUAGAUGUGUAAGAGUUCUAGUUACCCAUCCAUAUUUGAAAAAAAUGAUAAUCGUAAACACAUACAAUUUCAUCUUUUAUAUUUAUAUCGAACAAUGUAAUCUGAUAUUUAUCCAUAAAAUUUCAUGAAACUUGUGACCAAACUGUUGUUGCUCAAUUUUUGAGGAAUGUUCGACAUGGAAAGAAAAUAUUCUAGUGAAAAAAAUUUUAUGGAGGGUGUAGAAUCACUGCUGUUUAGUCUCUGGGUGGAGAGAAUUUGUGAUAUGAUGAAAUUAUAUUUAUGAAAAAAAAAAAAGGAAUUUUCAUCAAUAGAGUAUUUAUUUUCCGAUGUAUUGGUUUGAUACAUAGAUAUUUUUUGGUUGUAUAGAUUCAUUAAUGAUUUGUAUUCUUUUUUAUAAUUUAUUUUCAAUUUCUCUAUUGUCACGAGAUAUAAUUUGUGAAAUUUAGUGCCAAUAAUAACAUUAAACUGAA